AUGACGAAGUCCAAGGAAGGUGCAUUCGAGCUGAUCGAGAAUCUUGCAGCGAGCUCGAGCAACAAGAACGCUGAGUACGACAGAACAGUGAGCACUGUAUCUGUCAAAGGAAGCAGUGCUGACGCGAAGAAGAUUGAGGAGCUCACUGCGAAGAGUUUGGAGGAGAGAGGACGAGAUGAUCAGAUGGAGGUCAACUAUGUGAAUGGGCAACCUUUUGUGCCGAGCCGUGGUUUCAACUCGAACUACAGAAACCAUCCGAACAUGUCCUACAGGAGCACCAACGUCGAGAACCCUCAGGAUCAGGUCUAUCCGCCUCGAUCGAACCAGAACCAGCAGAGUUAUCAGAAGAGCUAUCCUAACAGCUUCCAGGAGAAGACCUUUGCCCCAAACCAGAAUCGUUCUCAGGGAGGUAACCAACAGAAGGCGCAGUUCAGCAAUCAGCAACAACCUUCAGGUUCAUCGAACAACUCGAACGAUGAGCUUAAGGGUAUGAUGCAGCAGAUGUUGAUGAACCAGCAGAAGUCCACUGCGGAGACACACUUGAAGAUAGACACCAUGUACAACGAUCUGAAUGGGAAAGACCUCAUGGAACCCUUCCUGGGAAAGGAGAGCAGAAUCCCCAGGAAUGAGUAUGUUGCACAAGUUGAGCUGAGAAGUGGAAGGAAGCUACAACCUGCUGUGAUUCCUCUGAAAAGGGCAGGCAAGGAGAAAGCCGACGAGAAUCUGGAGGAAGAAGCCGAAGUCGAUCGAGCUGCAUCCAGCGGACUCGAUCGAGCUGGUGAAGACGCUUCGUCGUCUCAGGUAGCUGAUUUACCUACCCCUGCAGCUGCAGAGACUGCUCCAGCCCGAGCUUACGCACCUAAGGUGCCUUACCCUGUUCCACGGAAGAAGUCCAGAAAAGACUUGGAGGAUGCUAAGUGUAAGGAGAUGCUGAAGGACUUGACUGUGAAGCUGCCUCUGUCUGAUGCUGUUCAGAUGAUUCCUGCUCUGAAGAAGUACAUGAAGGAGCUGAUAUCUGGGAAGGUAGCUGAGGAUGAGAACGUCAUGCUAGUAUCGGAGGAGUGCAGCGCUGUGCUGCAGAACAAGGUGAUCAAGAAGAGGAGCGAUCCAGGGAGAUUUGUCUUGUCAGUGCAGAUUGGCCAUGACCUUCGCAUGCUCUCUUUGCGAUCUCGGCUCGAGCGUGAACCUGAUGCCAUAGGGAACACACUCAUUCCAGCAGACUUUGUAGUCCUCGAGCUCGACGAAGAGCCUAAGGAUCCGCUGAUACUAGGGCGAAACUUCCUAUGCACAGCUGGUGCAAUCAUUGAUGUGAAGGGAGGAAUCAUUGAUCUCCAUCUGGGAGAUAUCGUCAUGAGGUUCGAGAUGAACAAACUCCUCAAGAAGCCAAUGUUAGAUGGGCAAACUUAUGUGAUUGAAGAUGGCUCAAACUUGGUGGACGAAGUGAGUGAGGAGAUGCUUCUUGACGACCCUCUGGAGGUAGCUUUGACUAAAGCUGAAGGUGAUUACGAUUUCCUGAAUGAGGAAGCCGAUGGCUUCGGGAAAAUGAUGGACGCGAGCGGCAAGAUGGAGAGACUGGUGGCGUUCAUGAGCUUGGAGGAAAAGGAAGAUCGAUCGAAUGCUAUGCCAGAUCGAUCGAAUGACCCUCAAGGAGAGUAUGCAUUUCUGGGACCUAACUCUACAUACCCUGUGAUAGUGAAUGCUGAACUGAACAAUGUUGAACUUGCUUUGCUUCUCUGUGAGCUUAGGAAGUAUAGAAAAGCUAUAGGGUAUUCGCUAGAUGACAUCCCUGGAAUUUCUCCUGAUCUUUGCAUGCAUAGAAUACAUCUAGAAGAUGAAUCGAUGACUUCUGUAGAACAUCAGAGGAGGUUAAACCCGAAUCUAAAAGAUGUUGUCAAGAAAGAGAUAAUGAAACUUCUAGAUGCUGGUGUAAUUUAUGCUAUAUCUGAUAGUAAGUGGGUCAGUCCUGUGCAUGUAGUUCCUAAGAAAGGUGGUAUAACUGUUGUUAAGAAUGAUAGGAACGAGCUGAUACCCACUAGAACUGUCACUGGUCAUCGCAUGUGCAUUGAUUACCGCAAACUGAAUGCUGCACUCGCAAAGAUCAUUUUCCUCUCCCAUUUAUUGAUCAAAUGCUUGAGAGAUUGGCUAACCAUCCAUACUACUGCUUUUUAG